AUGUCACCGGAGCAGCUCGAUCCGUUGAAGCACAAAUUCGACGAAGUCGGUUCUGAAGCGCUUGCGGCCUUGGAUGCCAAGUUUCCUCCUCCACCACCCCGUGCCGGGUGGUAUGCCAAAGGGAAGCAAGAAGACCCCCAGCCCGAUCGAGAUACUUACGCUUUGCUUCGCGACAACAACGACAAGGACACGAGAAUGCAGGAUCUGUGGAAUGAGAUCAACACCGUUCCCGAAUGGGUUGAUUGGGAUCAGAUCCGACGCGGUCAAGACGUCUUCUACCGCUAUGCACCCGCUGCUGUUGCUGGUUUCGCUUUCCAGGGUCUGCUUGCAACCACUGGAGCAUCGUAUCGGCCGGCUGAGACUUUGGUUCGCACGGGAGGGCAUUCCGCCAAAGUUGCAAAGAACCGCCUCUUCGAGACCUUCCAGCUCAUUCUCCAGGUUACUAAAUCCCUCGAUGACAUAAAACCUGGAGGUGAGGGCUUCGCAUCGGCUGUGCGAGUGCGGCUUUUACACGCCUCCGUCCGCAACCGCAUUCUCAAGCUGAACGCUCAGCGACCGGGAUAUUUCGACGUCGCCAAGUACGGCGUCCCCAUCAACGAGCUUGACUCAAUGCAGUCCGUCUCCGCCUUCUCAACGAACCUCGUCUGGCUCGCCCUGCCUCGUCAAGGCAUUUAUGUCCGGCACCAGGAGGCUCUUGACUACCUCGCGCUGUGGCGAUGGGUUGGGUACGUUCUCGGAACACCGCAUUGGGUUCUGGAGACACCCGAGAAAGCUCUCGCGUCCAUGGAGUCGCUUUUGAAGGAGUGCCUUGCUCCCAGUAAGAACUCGAGAGUCUUGGCUCACAACUUGGUCGUGGCACUCGACGGCGUUGCUCCUAUCCACGAGCCGAAGGAGUUCUUUGAGGCCGGAACCCGUUACAUCAACGGUGAUCAGAUGUGCGACGAUAUAGGACUCGGCAAGCCGGGACUGUACUGGGAUGCAGUUGUCAGAGGCCAGUGUUGGGCUCUCAUGGUAAUUACGUAUCUGUCAAGAUCCAUACCCGCUUGGGACAGAUGGCAAAUCAAGACAUUUCGCAACCUCUUUUGGGAGUACAUUGUCGAAAACAAGGACAGUCUGAACGGCAGUUACAAGUACGAGUUCAAAUAUGUACCACACCACGGUGCCCAGACAGGGACCGAAACUCGGGACAGCCCAAAGCCCAAGAUGGGUAUUGCGCCAUUGGAAAUCUUCGGACUUGUGGGAUUCUCUGCAGCCAUGGUGGUAUCUACCGUUGUUUUAACUUUCAUGGCGAAAUUGGUCGUCUCUUACUUACCCAGCAGCACGGUUAUGGCUCAAGUUGUCACGACUGGGAACUUCUCUUUGGACAUGGCGGCUACUGAAGCGCAGACCUCCGAUCCGGAGAAGCGGGUCAGCCCCGACAUCAACCCCGCCACCGGCCCCUCCCCCGGAGACGAUGAUCCGAUCUCUAAGCACCACAUCACCGAUGAGACUGGCGACCUCGCCGCUUCGGCCCUCAACUCCGCUCCGCUUUCAGAAGCUGAGUCCAGAGCGGUUCUUCGGAAGAUAGACUACAGAAUCCUUCCGUUCUUAUGCAUUACUUACGCCCUGCAAUUCAUCGACAAGACUUCGCUAGGGUACAGCUCUGUCUGGGGCAUCAUUCCGGACAACAAGCUCGUGGGGCAGCAGUACAGUUGGGCGAGCAGCAUCUUCUACUUUGGUUACCUCGCCGCAGAAUACCCCGGUCUCGCCGUCUUGCAACGCUUUCCCGUCGCCAAGUUUCUGGGCGUGAACAUCAUCUUCUGGGGAAUGAUUCUCAUGACCACGGCAGCUUGCAGCUCCUUCGCUGGCCUGGCGAGUGUCCGUUUCCUGUUGGGUGCGACGGAAGCGACCAUCAGCCCGGGAUUCGUUGCCGUUACGGGCAUGUGGUGGUCCCGUCAGGAACAAGCCGGCCGUUCGGCGCUCUGGGUCUCAUUCCUAGGCGUCGGAAGCUUCAUUGGCACGCUACUCGCAUUUGGUAUCGGACAUAUCACCGGGUCGUUGUCACCAUGGAAGUACAUCUUCCUCAUCCUUGGUGCGAUGACGGUGGUCUGGGGAAUCAUCUUCACGAUCUUUGUGCCCGAUGGACCCGCCAAGGUCAAAUGGCUGACAGAGAAGGAGAAGGUCAUUGCUGUACAGCGUGUUGCGGAGAACAAGACGGGUACUGGCCGAAGCCGGACUUUCGUCAAGGCCCAGGUUAUCGAGGCCGCCAAGGACCCGGCAGUCAUUCUGCUUGGUUUGAUCUCAUUUGUUAAUGCCAUUGCCUCUGGUGGUCUGGCGUUCGGUUCAUUGAUCAUCCAAGGUUUCGGAUUCAAUGCCUUGCAGACUACACUCAUGAACCUCCCACUUUCCACUGUUCAAGUUGUUGCUCAGCUUGGGGCUGGCUUCUUGACCAGCAAGAUCUCGAACUCGAGGCUGCACAUCGGCACAAUAGCUAUGAUUCCUCCGAUCGUAGGCACAUGCCUGAUCAACCAACUAGAGCUGGAUAACAAAUGGGGUCGGUUGGUCGGUGUCUGGCUGCUGGGUGCCUACCCCGUCGGCUUCAUGGUCAUUUUGGGUCUCCUGUCGACCAACAUCGCCGGUAGCACCAAGCGAUCUGUCGCCUCGGGCUGGGUGUUUGUCUGCUACUGCAUCGGCCAGAUUGCCGGCCCCCAAUUCUUCAAGAGCACCGAGGCGCCCGCCUACCACAACGGCAUCGUAGCUAUGCUGUGCGGAUUCAUCCUGAACCUCGUCAUGAAUCAGGUGCUUAGGUUUAUCUACGUCCGCGAGAAUAAGAAGCGGGAUCAGUUGCUUGAAGGCAAGUCUGAGGAAGAGAUUGCUGAGAUGCAGCGUGAAGGAGAGGUUCUUGGAUUCGAAGACGUGACGGACAAGGAAAAUGUGACUAAUGUUCAGAUACGUCCUUUGAUGCUUCAGUGCAUUCGUCAUAGCACAGUUCCUAUGUGGAUUCGACUCAUCAAACUCAAAUGCAUAGGUCUACAAGUGCUCUUGAAGUUGAGAACAAUGUAUAAUUCAGCUUAA